AUGGCCACACCGGAAACUCGCCGAAAACCCAAUAUUUUGGUGACCGGAUCACCGGGAACCGGCAAAUCGACGUUGGGACAACAGGUCGCCGAAAAGUUGGGAUUCGAGUUUAUUGAGAUCAGCAAAGAAGUGCGCGAGAACAAUUUGCAAGGCGAAUUCGACGAGCAAUACAAUUGCCACGUGUUGGAUGAGGACAAACUGUUGGAUCACAUCUCGGAACGAAUGGACAGUGAUGACGGGGGAAUUGUGGUGGAUUAUCACGGAUGUGAUCUGUUUCCCGAGAGAUGGUUCGACGUCGUCGUCGUGCUUCGUUGCUCCACCGAAAAGCUCUACGAUCGUCUCAAAUCUCGUGGCUACACCGACUUCAAAAUCAAAGAGAACGUCGAAUGCGAGAUCUUCGGAUCCUUGUUGGAGGAGGCUAAGGAGUCUUAUAAAGAAGAAAUCGUGCACGAACUCCAAUCCGAAACACCCGAUCAAAUGGAGGAGAAUAUCGAGAAGAUCUGCGAAUUGGCCGCCGCCUUCAAGAAUUCUGAUAAUCACAUGUGA